AUUCGUCUCCUCCCAAACACACAGCCAUGGAGACCCUAACGACCUUCUCUGCAACAAAGACGUUCGUGAAGAACCAGACAAACACAACCAUUAACUCCUCGAAAUCUUUUAUGGGUCCAUCUGGUAUUUCCCUCUCACGGUCUCUAAGUUUCAGUCCUCUGUGUUCCCACUCACUCUCGCUUAAAAACAGAUCAACCCGGUUGGUUACCUCCUCAUCUCAUAUGGCAUUUGAUCCAGAGGUGUUAACAGGAUCAGAGAAUGCAGAAGGGGAAACUGAUUUUCAGGAUAUAACAAAGAAAAUGCAUGUGAAAUUCCAGUUGAAGAAGGAAUGUAUAUAUGGUGAAGAAUUCCUGCUGGUGGGCGAUGACCCUGCUCUUGGCUCAUGGAAUCCUUCAAAUGGCGUACCGCUAACCUGGUCAGAUGGACACAAAUGGACUGUUGAAAUGGACCUACCUGUUGGCUUGUCAAUUCAAUUCAAGUUUGUGCUCAAAACAAGCACAGGAAAUAUAAUCUGGCAGCCUGGUCCAGACCGAAUUUUUCGAGCAUGGGAGACAAAGGAUACUAUAAUCAUUGCAGAGGAUUGGGCAAAUGCAGAGUUCCAGAAAAUUAUAGAGGACCAAAUGAUUGAUGAGAAUGCAGACAAGGGACUUGACCUGUUAUCGGGACCAGCUCGUCUAAAUGGGGAACUCACAGACCAUGUUUAUCUGGAUGCCAUGUUAUCAGACACCGAGGAGGGGGUCACCCUGCAAGAUUUUGUUAGAUCUGCAGAUGAUGAAUCCAUUAGUGAGAAAGAACUCGGAAGUUUAGCAAAUGAAAACCCAAGAAUUGUGGAGGAUGAAGAGACAUCGUUUACCAGUGAGGAAGGUCCGCUGCUUGUACCUGGCCUGAAUCCUUUGCCAGUGAUGUCUUCCGAAGAAACAAUUUUGAAGGAAUUCAGAAAACCAAUCAAUGCUGAUGAUUAAAACAUGUCCGAAGUCACUUCAUCGAUCAACUGCUUUAUCUCUUGCUGAUUUCCCUUCCAAGAACAUCAGUCCAUCCCCUUGUUUCUGUUACUCCCGAUCCACUAGAAUACUUGAGCAAUUAUGUAAAUAUGCAUAUGUUUUUUUCCUUCAUUCUACUUGGAAAUCUUUCUAAAGGAUUUCAUGGUCCUGCUACAGUUUCCUUAUAUCUAUAACCCUGCUAUUCAAACUUAUAAACUUUCAACAUCAGGGCAA